GUUCAGCACUGAAGGAGCUUCGCACUGUCGGAGGGUCAGAACUGGAUCAGCGCUGCACUGUCGGAUGGUCAGUAAUGGAGAAGCGUUGCACUGUUGGAGGUGCUGUUGUUUUGAUGCGACGUUUAUCUAAGGCCCAAUCUGCCCUAUCGGCUGCAGUAACUUGAAAGAGAGCAGUUCACUGACACAGGCAGCUGCUCCUGAUCUGCAGAGGCUCUAACAGCAAGACACAAAAUGAAGCUGUUUUUUGACAUUGUGAUCGUCAGCACAUGCAUUGCUGUGGUGCGAGCUCUGAACUGUUUGUCCUGCUCUGCAAAUUCGGGCUUCUGCAGCUUAUCAGAAAGUACUUGCAAAUCUGGGACCACAAGCUGCCAGACAAUUUCAAGUACAAGCAUUGUCGAGGGACAAACGAAUAGUCGAAUUAAACAACAGUGCCGCAGUUCCUUGGAAGACUUUUCUUUCAAUAGUGGAGUGGUAUUCAUCUCCCGGAGGAGCAGUUUCUGUCAAAAUGACCACUGUAAUGAUCAGAUAGUCGCAGAGCCCGCCAAUACCACACUGAAUGGACUGGAAUGUUUCGGAUGUUAUAGCAACUCGUCCGAGUCCUGCAGUAGUAACAGCCAACAAAGAGUGAAGUGCAUGGGAGCAGAGAGCCGCUGCAUGGAAGGGGCGGGCCUGCAGCUUUUGUUACCGAUUGGGCUGAAUUUUAUUACCGAAGGAUGCGUUUCUGAGAAUAUCUGCCGCAUGCUAAAUUUGGCAGAGUUUUCCAUAAGGCUGAAUACGCUGGAAUGCUGUGAGGGCAACCUGUGCAACAGUGUAGUGAGCACUUCCACAGGUUCAAUGACAUCUGUCAUGACAACAAAAAGCUCAUUGACCCCAGCAGUAAACAACACAUUGGCCCCAAGUGCAACCAGCACAUCAGCCCCAGCUGCAACCAGUCCAUCAGCCCCAGCUGCAACCAGUUCAUCAGCCCCAGCUGCAACCAGUCCAUCAGCUCCAGCUGCAACCAGUCCAUCAGCCCCAGCUGCAACCAGUCCAUCAGCCCCAGCUGCAACCAGUCCAUCAGCCCCAGCUGCAACCAGUCCAUCAGCCCCAGCUGCAACCAGUCCAUCAGCCCCAGCUGCAACCAGUCCAUCAGCCCCAGCUGCAACCAGUCCAUCAGCCCCAGCUGCAACCAGUCCAUCAGCCCCAGCUGCAACCAGUCCAUCAGCCCCAGCUGCAACCAGUCCAUCAGCCCCAGCUGCAACCAGUCCAUCAGCCCCAGCUGCAACCAGUGCAUCAGCCGCAGUUCCAACCGGCACUCCGAGUCCUCUUGCAACCAAACCAUCGACACCAAUUGCAACCAGUACAUUCGUCCCAGCUGCAAACAGCACAUCAAAAAGGGUUGCAAGGAACAAUUCGACCCCAGCUGCAACCAGUAUUUCAGCGACCCGCACUCAGAACACAGCUACAAGAAACUUGUCGGACCCCGAUUCAUGCAAUAAAACGUGCCAAAAAGAUAACGGCAGAUCAAAGCAAAUAUGGUAUAUGUGGAUAGAAAUAGAUUUAAACCAAGGCUGUAUCUUCAUAAUCACCAUUGUUUUAAUAAUCCCCACCAUGUCGAUGUCGGCGCUGUGCUACGUAUGGAAUACGAUAGGACAUCCAUGCAAAUGUAAUUGUUAUGGUGUUGUGGUUGAAGAAGAUAGCCAGCUGGAACCUCUGAAUGAACAAUCGGAUGCGACUAAGUGUUUUCCUGUUGGUCUGCUCCAAAUACGUCAAAUCACCAAAGAGCCGGAUUGUGCUGCAUUACCAUAAGGAAUAAUACAUUCUCAAACUUGACUUCAGCUUGGGUGGAAAAGGAAUCCAGGAAUAUUGAUAAAGUGGUUGGGCUUUACAGGGAUACUGACAUAGAUCGGGCGUGUGGACCAGCCGUAAGACGGUGGACAAUUGAACUAGCAAUAGGAAAGAGAUAAUGACAUUGUCAAGUUAUUAAAUGAAAUUUAAUCAAGCUAUUAGCAUAAGGUUUUUUUGCUGAUGGUUACUAACUUAAUGAAGGGGAUUUAAGAAGGAAAUUAGUUAAUUUAUGUAUUUGUUUGAUAAUGCCCGGCUGUAAGCCUAUUCUAGAAAGGGGCGUUCACUAUUUCAGCAGCUUUAUAUGUGUCGGAACCAACGAAUAUAUGAAUUAGGAGCAGGGGUAGGCCACUCGGCCCUUCCAGUCUGCUCAUGACUGAUCUGAUUUUAAUCGCCUCCCUCCACCCCCAGUCUACCCUAGUAAACUUUCACUGCAAUUUGUCAAUCAAGAAUCAUUGGGCUGCCAUUUUUAUAGGAAGCAUUUUAAGUUCUUCUUUACCUCUGAAUUUUCCAACAGAAUAAGCACAUGGCUUUUUGGAGCAGUUUUUUUUAGAUCCUGUAUAAUCUUCUGUUUCAUUCUUAUUCCUAAAGAUUUGCCAUUAAUCUAACAAUAUAAUUGUCAUGAACUCGUGUCCAUGAACAAAAUUGAAAUAAAUGUAAAAAUUGAAACCCAGAAGACUGGGACAACAAAAUAAAACAACACAAAUAUCCAAAUUGGUGUGGGAAACAUGGGCUGAUUGGCAGCAUUGAAAUGGAUAUAACGGACAAGGAGAAAAUAACAGAUAUGUUAAUUGAAUACCCUCAAAUAUUGUUAGUUUUCACUCCAGGAGAGGAAACUGUAUUUAUGCGCAGGAACCUAAAAUAAGGCAAAGGGUGAAUUGUAUUCAAGCACCUCAAAGUGCAACAUGACGAAUGGAGACAACUUAAAUACCAUUGCACUCUCUGGCUGCCUGUUAUGACCAUUAUGAAAUGUCUGUAAUGUUCAUUGAUUGUAUUGAAGCACCUCAGGGUGCGACAUGAUCUACGCAGACAACCUAAAUACGAUUGCACUCUCCGACUGUCUGUUAUGACCAUUAUGAAAUGUCUAUAAUGUUCUCUGAUUUUAUUGAAGUACCUCAGGGUGCACAAUGAUCUAAGUGGAAGGUUGAAUAUGGUUGCACUUUUCGUGAUGGCUAUCUUGAAAUGUGUUGUAAUGGUCUUUCAGAUAUUUUAUGAAAAUAUAUGUUUUUCCAAAAAAAGUGGAUUUAAUACAAGUUUAAAAAUGAUACCGGAGGAAUUAAAGUAAGCAAAUAUCUAGCACCCAGAGUACGGUGAGAGAUAUUAAAAGAAAAAGGUUUGAAAAUUCCAAAUGCUUUUGCAAUAAUUGAAUAAAUUUAAAUGUAAUAACAUUUUAGGG